AGUAGCCAUAUUACGUUACAUUUGUUCUCAAUGACUUGUCGAAUUAUAUGCGAUAAAGAAUACGUGUAAAAGGACUGUUCUAUUUUUUCAGAAAGUACAAAAAUGAAUACUCCUGUUCGUGGCAUACACAAAAAUUUGCAAGAAAUUAAAAUCCCGGCUUCGCCAUUUAUGAAAAAUUUAGGUUAUGGAACUGGCGUAUCAGUUUUCCGUUUGGAAAGAUCGCCAAAAGGAAACCAGGCACAGUCACCAUGGGCUAUAAAACGCGUAUCACAUAAAAGUCGCGCACAAGGGGGAAUAGUCUUUGAUGAACGUUUAAAGGAAGAAGCGGAAAUAUUGCGGCAACUUUCACAUCCAAAUAUUGUGGGUUUUCGUGGUGUUACAAAAGCAAACGAUGGCGUAAACUCUCUAGCAUUGGAAUGUUGCAGUACCUCUUUGGGUAACAUCUUAGAAGAAAGGUUUGAAGAGAAUGCAGGGUCUUUGCCGGUCAAAGAUGCACUGAAAAUGAUAACUGAUAUAGCGAAUGCACUUAACUAUUUGCACACAGAAGCACGGCUUUUACAUGGAGAUAUUAAAUCUUAUAAUAUUCUGGUCAAAGGUGACUUUGAAAUAUGCAAACUUUGUGAUUUUGGUGUAACUAUACCACUAGAUGAAAAUGGUGUUGUUAACUUUGCCAAAAAUCCCAAGCAUCAAUAUGUUGGUACUGAUAUUUGGUCUGCACCUGAAGUAUUAAACGAUGAGGAUAUUAUUGACUGUAAAGCUGACAUUUUUAGUUUUGGACUAGUUAUAUAUGAGACAAUUGCAUUGGUGCCACCACAUUGUGCUGGUAUUGAUGGUGAUGAAAAUAUUGAACCGAAUACUUCACAAGAUUUAUCUAAUGAAUCUGCAAAUGCCUCGACGGCUAUUGUAAAUAUGUAUGGCACAAGACCUCCACUACCUCAAGCUUUCGAGUUGAGUGGCGAAUAUAAUUUUAUUGUAGAAUUGUUUUAUUUUUGCACAAAUGAAUUAGCAGAAGAUAGACCAGAUGCAAAAACAAUUGUGGAAAUAAUGAAAAACAUUAAACCAAAUAAGGACGUAAAAGUAAAUUAAUACAAAUUUAAAG